AUGUUUGCAUCGGGAAAAAAUUACCUUCAACAAUCCUACACGGGAGUGUUACCACAAUAUCACCAGCGCCAUGCGUCAUUUCAACCGCAAGGUCAACAAUAUUUAGUUAACACUUCUGUGCCGCAGCAGCAGUAUCGCCACCAACAUUCUUUGUCCUAUUCCGGAGGUUACAGCAUGGCUGGUUAUUACGCCCCGCCCACUGAUUUCUUCCAACAACAACAAUAUCAGAUGCCUCCUCCAGUCCAAGAUCAGUCGGCCUCAAACCCAACGGGUGGAGUUUCGUCUGUUUUAGACUACGAACUUGAUCAGAUGGUCAAAUUUGUUUGUUGGCUCAGUUAUGGUUUGAUGAAAAGAACUGAUAAUCCUACUCCGUUGUUCCACAACAAUGUCAAAUCUGUUUUGUCUGCUACUAGGUUGCCGAAGUCCACAAUUGUUCUUGCUUUGCUCUAUCUGUCUGAAAGGAUGGAGGGCAGAGAAGACCCGAUCGCCAUGGAUUCCGAAGUGUUUGAAAAUCUUACAAUUUCUUUGGUUUUGGCCAAUAAAUUCAAUGACGACAAUACUUUCCGGAAUAAGUCAUGGUCAGACGCUACUGGUCUCUCUUUGGAAUGUAUCAACAAACUGGAGAGAGAUUGGCUUAGCUCAAUCAAAUGGAGAUUGCAUUACGAGGAUGGAUACUCCUGUAUCGAGGAGUGCUGGAAGACUUGGUGCAACAAGUUCCAGGCUACACCAGUUCAGAGCCCAUACAGUGAUCCAUUCAUGUCACCAUCAGUAAUGGACACACCAUCGUCGUACCAUGCCGGUACCCCUUACGAGUACAAAUCUCCAUCAAGUUCUUUGUUCUCUUCAAAUUCGCAGUUCUCUCCAAUGAGCACGCCUUUGAACUCUUCUCCUUAUUAUAACGAUUAUCAACCGCCAGUGCAACAGCAAGUGUUUGAGAAUCCUUAUCAAUCACAAUACAACAACUCGUUGUUCAGCGCGCCUGUUCCUGCGGCAGGUGACUAUUUCUCGUUCCAGCCGCAACCCACUUCUAGAGCUGCUUACAAGCAGCCUGGUAUGUCGAUGGCCGCUACUCAACGCUAUUAUCCUUUGAGUUAUCAUCAACAGCCGAUGGUGCCUCCACUGAUGAGUACUGGUGUUUGCUAUGGCGGUUCAGCUGCUGCCAGUGGAUUCUAUCCGUCGCAACAUAUGCCUCCACGCCAACAACAAACUCAGCAUCAGGAUAUUUACAAUUACUGUGCUGCAACAGCUUGCUAA